AUGGAUGGUCAGUACCAGAUGCCUGGAGCCGCUGUGCUGCGAAAGCCACCUCUGCAACAACAACAGCAGCAGCAGCCACCACAAAUGAUGAUGCAACCACCAGCUGCGUCGCUGCCUCCGGAGUCGUUCGUCUACGAGGCACCCGAGGGCCAGGUGCCCUCCUCACUGAUGGCCACAAGCGCACUUAUCGAGCAGACACGCAUCGAUCCGUCAAUCGCUGAGAGCUUAGCCAUGGCCAACAACUUCACAGGACCUAGUUCUCAGUCGCGAGGAGCUACCAUGCAGGAGACCUUCAUUCAGGGUGUCGUCUCAGUGAACCAAGUGGAGAUGCUGACCACACGUCUGCGGGGCCUGUGUCGCGAGUACUCACCCUUCUACGACCACGAAGAGGCCUUUUCUGUUGCCGUGGUGAGUGCACAAACGACGAAUCCAAUCGCCAGCGCCUCCGGCACCACGCCGUACGUGCAACUGCGCGUACGAAAGAGCCUCCUGCCCAACGCCCGGGAUCUCGGAAUAUGGCCCGUACUGCGCUACCUCGGGGCUGUUGAGAGCGACGAUAAGGUACAGCUCAGAGGGAAUUGUUACAACGCCCCUCCCCCCGCCCUGUACAAUAUGCACGUCGUUAUCUGCCGUCGGAGCUACUUGGAGGCCUGCGUCAAUGGGCCACUGGUCGGUUUCCUGAAGAGCUUGGGAUUCAAGAAAGACUUUGAAUUUCUCGCUGAAGGUGAGGUGUAUGUCCGGGGUCGAGCCAAGGUUCUGAUUUAUGCCGUCUUCGAGGUGGUUUAUCCUCCUGGAUCAGAUAUCCAUCUGCUGGCUCCGUGCAAGGGCAGAAAUGUCGCUCCAGCGAGUUUAAUGGUCGAAGUGAGCGCCGUUGGAAGUCCAGCGGACGAAACUCUUCAACGAGAGGUGGUCGACCUAAUGGAACUCUUGCAUCCCCUUGUUGUGCCAGGACGUGUGGACCACGCACGUCUAGCUUGUCGCUAG